ACUUGAGAGCAUCCGCAGUAGAGCAGCUGCAGAGAGUUAAAAGCAAAAAAGAUGCAGCUGAAAACGGUAGCGACUGGCUUGGGGUAAAUUCUCUGGUUUGGAUGAGCGGUUGGGAAGGCGAAACAAGUCAAGUCAAACUUUAGAAAAGAUUGUGGACCGUGCGCCAUCCAGUGGAAAUUAAAUUCGGUUGGUCUCCGUGAUUGGAGCCCGGGGUCCAGCUGGAACUUAAACUGACUUCAGAUAUUGUUUGCAUUUGGAUCGUACAGAGCCUACAAACUUCUAAAGCUGAGAAGACAGAAAAUGAUGUCUUUGGACAAUUUUGACAGGACAGUCCGGAGCCCAGUUGUUCCAUAUGCUGGAACCUUAAUGGAUGGUCUUUCACCUGGAGAUCUUGUAAUAAUACAUGGAUUUGUUCCUGAAGAUUCAGAGAGGUUCCAGGUGGACUUUCAGUGUGGUAACAGUGCAAAACCUCGUGCCGAUGUAGCCUUUCAUUUCAACCCUCGGUUCAAAAGAUCCGGUUGCCUAGUUUGCAAUACCUUGCAGAAAGAAAAAUGGGGCACAGAAGAGAUUACUUAUGAGAUGCCUUUCGAAAAAACAAAACCUUUUGAGAUAGUUUUUAUGGUUCGCCAUGAUAAAUUCCAGGUGUCAGUUAAUAGAAAGCAUGUGUUGCUGUAUAAACAUAAGAUUAAUUUGGAAAAAAUUGACACUCUUGCAAUAUCAGGAAAAGUGAAAGUUACGUUGAUUGGAUUUGUUUCCAACAAGGAAGAUGUACCUGAUAGCUCACAGUUUGUAAUUCCUUAUUCAGCGAAACUUAAUUAUUCUGUUGAGCCUGGACGAACAAUUGCUGUUAAAGGAGAAGUUAAAGAAAAAGCAAAUGGCUUUGCAAUUAAUCUUAAACCGAGUGAGUCAAGCGAUAUUGCUCUUCAUUUGAAUCCCCGAAUAAAAGACAAUGUUUUUGUGAGAAAUUCUUAUCUGUUCGAUAGCUGGGGAGAAGAGGAAAGAUCUAUUGCUCAUUUUCCUUUCAGGCCAGGAAUGUACUUUGAGCUACUAAUUUUCUGCAAAGAUCAUCAAUAUAAUGUUGCUAUCAAUGGCGUGCAUAUUCUAGAGUACAAACAUCGAUUUAAGCAGCUUGACAAGAUCCGUAUAUUGGAAGUCUUCGGGGAUGUUCAACUACUAGAUGUAAGAUGUUGGUAGUUGUGCAGUACCUGUGUUUUAUUAAUUGCUUGCAGAGAAUCAUCUUGAUGUAACCAAAAAGAAGGAAGAUUGCAGAAAUUUUUCUGUAUAUCAUUACUUACAUUAAUUGAAAUACCAUAUCUAUUAACUAAUCUUAAAAUGGUCUAACAAUUUAUAGUUUACUAACUGACAUUGUGCCUAAAUGUAAAUGGCAAUUGCAAUCCGGAAAGAAACUCCAUUGAACUCAAUAAGGACUGCCUCAUCAGUGUCCAGUAAAAUUAGCAGGCUUCUGCAUAUUUCUGUGCAAUAUAUAACAUGUUUACAUUAAGACUGUUUACCUAGGCAACAGUUUUUGUAUCUCAAUCUACUGCCUAGCAUUGUUAAAAAUCUAUAUAAUUAUAAUUUUCUGCUGAGGUUUAUAGAGAAUAUAUGAAUUUCCAAUCUAUAAUUAAAAUUCCGAAAGUGCAAA